AUGGGAUCCAAAAGAGUCAAACCUUUGUCUUCAAAGGCUUCAUUGCCUUUCAAAACAGGCAAUAAAUUCAAGAGACAAGAUUUACACGUUAAGCAAAAGAAAGCCCGCGACAGCCUUCGACGAGAUGAGCGCUUCAAGAGGAAACGAGAAGAGGAUAAAGAUCCGGAACUGAGGAGGGAACGACUGGCAAGGAACAUUCCACACACGAUCGAUGCCAAGCGUGUUUGGGAUGAGGUGGAUGAUGACGGACUUGGUGUCAGUGUCGAUGUGGCGCAAUUGAAGCGCAGGCGCAUUGAGGCAGCAGAAGCUGCUGAGCAAGAACCUUUGGAAGAUGUAGAAGAAGAUGAUGUGGAUAGUAUGCUGGAUUCGGAAUCAGAAGACGACGACGACGACGACGAAGGAAACACAAAAUCAUCCCGGCAGAGGCAACGAGCAUCCUCAAAUGCCCCCUCCAAUGCUCCAUCUACAACCAGCACCAACCUCGACCUUACACCCGACUCUUUAGCUCUCAAAUUCCCUACCUUGUUCUCCGACGAACCCCCUCCAAUCCCCAAGAUACUCCUUACGACAUCCCUUAACACGACUCUCCAUCAUGAAGCCGAACUCCUCUGCACUCUCUUUCCACACAGCACCUACGUACCCCGCUCCUCCCACAGAUAUGGACAUAAAUUCUCCCUGCGAGAAAUAUCAAAGUUCGCUACAAAUCGCAACUACACCUCUGUAAUUCUUCUCAAAGAAGAUUCCAAAAAGCCCACAGGCCUAACAAUCGUCCACCUACCCUCCGGACCUACCUGCCAUUUCUCCAUUGCCAAUUGGGUUGAAGGAAAGAAAUUGCCGGGACACGGAAAUCCCACAAACCACUAUCCAGAGCUGAUACUGAAUAACUUCAAGACUCCACUGGGUCUGUUGACUGCCAAGUUAUUCCUCAAUCUCUUCCCGCCCCAGCCAGAGUUGCAGGGAAGACAAGUCGUCACGUUACACAACCAGCGAGAUUAUAUCUUUGUUAGAAGACACAGGUAUGUGUUCAGAGACAAGCGAGAGACGGAGAAGAGUGUCGUUGGACCUGAUGGCAAGAAGGUGGAGGGUGUCGAGGAGAUCCGGGCUGGGUUACAGGAGCUAGGCCCAAGAUUUACGCUCAAGCUGAGGAGAGUCGAUAAAGGAAUUGGCAGAGCAGGAAGUGAAGGUGAAGAUGCUGUUCAAUGGCAAUGGAAGGCGCAUAUGGAGAAGGAGAGAACAAGGUUCAAUCUCUAG